GGCGUCGCCUAACUCCGCUCGCGCACUCACAACUGGUUCGACCGUCGAGCUGAACGUUUCCGCUCUUUCGAGGAGAAGCUGCGCCGGCUUAAGUUUACGUGCGCGCCUUCCGACGUGGUAUCCGUCGCAGAUAUCGUCCUUUGUUCCGUUCGAGUUGAUUAGACGUGGCCGGUGUUUGUCGUGCACGUGUCGUUGUUCCGCGUUUCACCCGCGUUCCUCUCCCGGUUUCAGUUUCGGUCUCGGUCUCGUCUCGGUCUCGUCUCGGUCUCGUCUCGGUCUCGGUUCACGGUGCGUUCGUCGACGGCGCGUUCUCUGUCCCACUCGACAGACGAAUAAGCCAUGCGAUUUUCGUGGGUGCUCGUGGCCACGGUGUUCCUCGUUCUCUUCACCGGGGCCAAGUGCAAGAGGAAGUUCGACGGGGAUUUCGAGUUUGCCGAAGAGGAUGACACGCGCAUGAUGAAAUCGGGGGACAAGAAGAGAUGGAUACACGAUCCGAACAGUGAACUGUGUCGUCCUCUGAACUGCAAGAAGAAGGAGCUGUGUCUGCUGGAAGACACGUUUACGGCUGUCUGCGUGUCGAAGAAGGAACUGCACAAAUCCGGGGACAUCGUGAUCCCGAAGUCACGGAUGACCCAGCAGAGCCGACGAAUGCGGACCGAAACUUCGGUCGACUCCGAGGACGACGACGCUUUCUUCGAUUCCGAGGACGACGACGAGGAUCAGGACGAGUCCAAAUGUCAAGAAUGUCCUGUGGUGAAGCCGACGUUCCUAUGCGGAAGCGAUAAUCGCACGUACAGCUCGCCGUGCCGGCUCGACUACCACAAUUGCAUCCACCAUACGUCGGUUCGCAUCGCCUGCAAGGGAUUCUGCCCCUGCAAAGGAGCGGAUCUGCGAGCGCACAGCAAGAAGAUGCAGAUGCAACGGCAGAAAUCGCUGGGCAAGAUGACGCGGAACCGCGACAUCACGCUGACGCCGCGGGACUUCAACUACGACAAUCAUCAUUACCAGUACCUGAAGUACACUAAGCGCGCCAAGGCGCUGGCGGCCGAGAGCAAAUACGACGACAAGCAUCUGAUGAGCAACGAAGUUAUGGAGAAGACGCCGUCCCCGUUGAAGUCGACUUACAACUCCCAGUUGUCCCGGAACGCUGAUUGUCCGCCGUCGUUCAAGCCGGCGAUGGCGAACCGACUGUUGGACUGGUUCUCCGUCGUGAUGUCCGACUCGAAGCACCGUCGUCCGCAUCCUAAACCAAAAGGUCACCUCCCCAUCGGCUGCCAGAGCGAGGUCAGGUGGAUGUUCGGACAUUUGGACAGCGACAACGACGGCCGGCUCUCCCUUUCCGAGUUGUACGGGCUGGAACACGAUCAGAACGAGCCGUGUCUGAAGCCGUUCUUGGACGGCUGCGACACAGACGGAGACAUCUUCGUGAACGGACCCGAAUGGUGCGGCUGCUUCUCAAAAGCUGAACGUCCCUGCGCCGCCGUGCGCAAGCGAUCGUCACCGGACGUUGCACCCGCCUGCGAUUCUCGAGGGUACUACCGAAGUACCCAGUGUCAUCGUGGUCUUGGUCUCUGCUGGUGUGUCGACCCCCACGGCGUCGAGUUCGCCGGUACCAGAACACGUGGCAGCAAACCAGACUGCGAUAUGAUAGUGAACAAGAUAAGCAGCGGAGGUCUGAAGACCAACAGCGUGGAUCUGGAUGACGACGAGGACGGAGGUACAGAUGUGACUCAGGAUCUUGAAGGGUCUGCUGAUCAACCGUUAGACUUCUAAACCUCCAUAGGAUCAGCCAACCGACACAGAGAAUACAGCAGCAGCUAACCGGGAGCAGUACCUUGACGUGAUAUCGUACGGUCGGACGACGAGGUUCCCUUUUCCAACGGCGAGAGACGGGGGAAGCUCGUCCGGUCGUCCGGUCGUAUCGAUCAUCGCCGUUGUGAUUGGAGGUGUCUUCGGUGAAUCAGGGCGGAGGAGGCUGUAUGCGGCGAGCCUAAAAAAUGCCAGUUCGUAGAGCAACGAAACAAAAAGAACGCUAAUAAAUGUAAAGGAAGAGCUCCGCUUCGAAAAGAAGCCACGGCUAUUACUUCUAAUCUAAGAAGUCCUCUUCAGAAGCUAUCAGGAGUUAUGAAAAGAUCAACGGUUGAUCGUUCUUAACCCGCGAUCGAGUUGAAUCCUCGAGUGCUGAUCUUGGCACAACUUCGAUCCAACUGAAAACAGAGAAUCAACAAUUAAAUCAACGCUAAAAAUCUGGUCGAUUUGGGAUGACAAAGACACAAGUGCCAAACGGGUUAAGAAGGAAACUAAACAGUGCAAUAAAAUUACACAGACACACUCUAUACACAGACACAUGUAUACAAAACAGUCGUGCAAUAGCGAAGAACCCGUGCAAUGUUUAAUAUUCUGACUGGAUUGCAUUUUACCUUUGAUGGAAAUUGGCGCAGAAUGCAGUAAGAAAGAUAUGGAAAUAACCUUUAGCCUGUGUGUGCCCCUCGAGGUACCUCCAUGCACAACUCGUCUAUAAAUAAUACAGUUAUACACUAUUUAUGCAUAUAGAAUGGUAGGAAAAGAUAAAGCGAGCGAGAGAGAGAGAGAGAGAGAGAGAGACACUUACAAGGUGUUGAAGAAACGGUAAGAUCGAUCAUUCUCCAUUGGGUAGAAUUCAUGUCCACGCCACACCGAUGCAUAGAAGUUAAUGAUACCUGUAACGAGAGAAGAUGCAACAGAGAUAAAGUUUAACAAAGAAACAAAAAAAAAAUAAUGAGAGAAAGAGAGAGCGAGAGAGAGAGAAAGAAAGAGAAUGCUCUAUAUAAUUAUGAUUUCUAACCGCGUUAGAUUAACGACAUCUCGAAUUGUAAUGUCUAAGCAUAAUAUAUAUAUAUAUAUAAAAAAUAUAUAUAUAAAUAUAAAUAUAUAAAUAAAUAAUA